AUGGCUUGUUUUACUUUUCUUUUUCUUUACGUUUUCUUAGAUUUUUUUCUUUCUUUUUCUCUUUCUGUUCCUGAUCCAUUUUCAUUUCUUUUUUUUUUUUCAAGAUCUUUUUCGUUACUUUCAACAGCACCGUCUUUUUCUUUUUCAACUAUAUUUCUUUUCUUUUUCAACUAUAUUUCUUUUCUUUUUCAACUAUAUUUCUUUUCUUUUUCAACUAUAUUUCGUGUUGUUUUUUUUUUUACUUUUUGUUUUUCAUUUUCUUUUUCUUUCUUUAAAAUUACUUUCCCUUCGUUUACUUUUUUGGGUGGGGGGGAUUUUCAUUCUAUCUAUUUAACAUCUUUUUCAGAAAUACUACUUUGGUUUUUUCCUCUUUCCUUUUACCGUUUCUUUCCUUUUACUCUAUCUUACAUUUUGCUCUCUCUUUCAUUUAAUUGUUUCUUUUUUUACUGUUUCUUUUCUUUAACUGUUUCUUUUCUUUUACUGUCUCUCUCAUUUUACUUUUCUUUCCUUUUACAAUUUCUUUCAUUUUUCUGUUUCUUUUUUUACUGUUUCUUUCCUUUUACCGUAUAUUUCAUUUUACUGUCUCUUUCUUUUUACCAUGUCUGUUCUUUUAAUUUCUUUAGUUUUACGGUCUCUCUCAUUUUACUGUAUCUUUCUCUUUACCGUUUCUUUGCAUUUUACAGUGUCUUACAUUUUACAGUUUCUUUUUUUACUGUCUUUCCUUUUACCGUUACUUUCUUUUUACUGACUCAUUCUUUUUACUGUUUCUUUCCUUAUACAAUAUCUUUUAUUUUUACUGUCUCUCAGAUUUUACUGUAUUUUUCUCUUUACCGUUUGUUUUCUUUUACUGUAUCGGUCAUUUUACUGAAUCUUUCUUUUUAUUAUUUUCUUUCUUUUUCAGUUUCUUUUCUUUCUCUCUCUCUCUCUCUCUCUUUCUCUCUCUCUCUCUCUUAUCUUGCUGUUUCUUUUUUCGGUGUCUUUCAUUUUACUAUCUUUCUCUUUUUUACUCUAUCUUUCUUUUUAGUGUUUCUUCUUUUUACACUGAUUUACAUUUACAGUUUCUUUUUUUCUCUUUCUUGCUUUCUCUUUCUUUUUCGUUUCUUCGUCGUUUCUUUCUUUGUCAUCGUUCUUUUCUUUUUUCUUCGAAUUUCUUUUACUCAAUUUAUAUUCUUUCUUUUUUUUCAGUACAAUUUCAUUUUUUGUCAGAGUUUUUCAUUUUUUUCUUUAAUUGCUUUUUUUUCUCAUUUUCCCUCCUGA